GGAGGAAACAGUGUAGAUGAUCAGGUACUUUGUCUACCCAUCAUCAUCAUCAACAUGUCGGACGUGCAGGGAUUUCACAUUAACUCUCCUCUUAUUGAGAGCAUUGGCAUGUCCAAGCGGCUCGGCUCCCCCGUUUAUUUGAAGAUGGAAAGCUCCCAACCUUCCGGGUCGUUUAAAAUCAGAGGGAUCGGACACCUGAUUCAACAGGUUGCAGGUUCAAAGUCAAAUGGUGUCAUCUGUUCUUCUGGUGGAAAUGCAGGCUUGGCUACAGCGUACGCAGCACGCAAGCUCAACAUCCCGGCCACCAUCAUAGUGCCUUCAUCCUCGCCCAAGCUGGUGUUGGAGAAACUGCAGGAUCACGGCGCCAGUGUACGAGUCGUGGGUAAGGUGUGGGAUGAAGCAAACGCUGAGGCUGUUCGUCUGGCUGAAAGCGAAAACCUCACCUUGGUGCCACCAUUUGACCAUCCUCUGCUCUGGAAAGGUCAUUCCAGUCUGGUCCACGAGCUGAAGGCGGUAUUGCCGUGUGAGCCGGGUGCCGUGGUUCUGUGCGUCGGAGGCGGAGGACUUUUCUGCGGAGUCGUUCAGGGCUUGGAUGAAGUCGGCUGGGGUCACGUCCCAAUCCUCUGUAUGGAGACUGUAGGAGCGGAUUGUUUCAAUGCAGCUGUAAAAGCCGGGCGUUUAGUCACUUUACCAGACAUUACAAGCGAGGCGAAAUGUUUAGGAGCGAAGACGGCGUGCAGUCAGGCGUUCGAAUACAGCAAAAGACCCAACGUCAUCUCUGAGCUAGUGACCGAUCGACAGGCUCUACAGGCAUUGGAGCUCUUUCUUGAUGAAGAGCGUGUGUUUGUGGAGUUAGCGUGUGCAGCGUCGCUGGCCGCAGUGUACAACGGCGUGAUACAGCGGCUGCAGGACGAAGGUCGUCUGCGCAAACCGCUCGGCCCGCUGGUCGUCAUCGUGUGUGGAGGAAGCAGCAUUAACCUCGCUCAGCUGCAGCACCUGCGCACCGUCUGCAAAUGAUCGCAUGACCACACCUUUCCUGUUGUGCCUAGAGCACAUGUCGGGCCGUGAAUCACAUGCUCUCAUACUGUACUUCGUUAAUAAAUAACCUUACACAAUGGUGGCACUUUCAUACAAACAGCAGGACUACAUUUCCCAUAACACUUGUUACUAGGAAACUGGGAAAAUGGCUGCUGAGCUAAACUUCAUAACAGUUUAGCUAGCUAACAAAUUGCUUUUAAAAUGCUGCUAUAAAUACACAGUGACUAUGGAAACAUGGCAAAACUAUCAAGAAUAUCAACAUUUACCUCAGAUGUGCUGGUUAGUUAUUAAGAAAAACUCUACGCAAGUUUAAUGAUAUAUCGUUUAUUUAAUUUUUUUUCCUACAUCUCCAACACGGUCAGCAGGUGGCGCUGCUGCAAUACUAAUACUGCAAUACUAAUUCAAAUCACUCAAAUAGUGUUUGUCCUUUUAGUUUGAUCAUCAGUAGUAAUUGUUUUCAGCAUCAUAAUGUUAUGGACUGACUAUAGCAUAUCAAUUAAAUAAUAGUUAAAAAUAAUAAUUAUUAAAGAAUGAACAUGUCCGAUUUACCUAAUAUAAUCAGUUACUAAAUAAAAUGCUUAAUAUUA